UUUCCGACGACAGGCGGAAGUGUAAGCAGGGGGCUUGUGGAGGUGACCGAAUGGCAGAUAGCAGAAAUAUUCUGACAAUAUUAGAUUAACGCGCAGCAGCAGCAAACUGAACAAAUUAAUUUCAGGUAACCGUGUAUAAACAUCGUCGGUGCCAAUGGGAGCUCACCUGGUCAGACGGUAUGUCACCGAGACGGACACCGAGCCGGACCCUGCGAAGAAGUUUGAGUUCGACCCGCAAUUCGGCUUCGGAGAGCGGAAAGAGAGAGAGAUGAUAGCGAGCCAGGAGCAGAUGAACUUGGCACAGCUGCCCUUGGAGCAGAGGGACUUCUGUGCCAAUUAUCUCUUAAAACUCAUGAAGUGCAAGAGGGAUAAUUGGCCCAACUUCCUGGCCUGCAAGCACGAGAGACACGACUGGGACUACUGUGAACACCAGGACUAUGUGAUGCGUAUGAAGGAGUACGAGAGAGAGAGGAGGCUCCAGCUGAGGAAGAAGAGAAUCGAGGCCAAGGCUGAAGCUGCAUAAUCAGUACAUCCUCUAAUUCUUCUUCUUUGUAUAUAUGAGCUGCUGUUCACAAUAAACAAUACUGUUUAAUCUCCA